GAUCGACGAAAACUGUCGUGUUAAGACAGCGAAAUGGCGCCGUUUGUCGACGACACCGUUUACGUGGAUUGGAGCACUCGUAUCGUUUUCUACGCACUGGUAGCGGUUGUGUCUGGUCUAUGGAUGAUACAUAGAUGGCAGCAGCAAUCCAGAUUAUUUAGGUUGGGCAACGUUUUGCCAGGUCCUGAAGCUGUACCGUUUUUCGGCAACGCUCUCCUCGCUUUGGGAAAAAAACCUGAUCAAUUGGUAAAUGUCGCUCUUGAAUAUGCUGAAAGAUAUGGCACAGUAAUCCGAGGUUGGCUUGGCACCAAAUUGAUAGUUUUCUUGCUGGAUCCCGAGGAUAUUGAGGUCAUACUCAACAGUCAAGUUCACAUCGACAAAGCUCCUGAAUACCGAUUCUUUAAACCAUGGCUUGGAGAAGGUCUUCUUAUUAGUACUGGAAACAAAUGGCGAUCUCACCGAAAAAUGAUAGCUCCAACGUUCCACAUCAACAUUCUGAAAUCGUUCGUUGGAGUAUUCAACCAAAACAGUAAGCAUGUCGUCGAAAAACUGAGAAAGGAGGUUGGAAAAACAUUUGACGUUCAUGACUACAUGAGCACUGCUACUGUGGAUAUUUUGUUAGAAACUGCAAUGGGUAUCACAAGAAAAACUCAAGAUGAAUCAGGUUUUGACUAUGCGAUGGCUGUUAUGAAGAUGUGUGACAUUAUUCAUCAAAGGCACUACAAAUUCUGGCUACGAUUUGACACAAUAUUCAAAUUCAGCUCUUUCUUUGAAAAACAAAAACAGCUUCUGGGUAUUAUACAUGGACUUACGACGAAGGUGAUUAAAAAUAAGAAACAAACAUACUUUGAGAACAAAGAUAAAGGCAUCAUACCACCAACGCUGGCAGAACUGACGAGAAAUGAAGAAGAUGGAAGUCUUCUAGCAAAUGAUGCUAAAUCACUUUCUGAUGCGGUUUUCAAAGGCUACCGUGAUGACUUAGAUUUCAAUGAUGAGAAUGAUGUUGGCGAAAAGAAACGACUGGCUUUCUUGGAUCUCAUGAUUGAGUCAGCUCAAAAUGGCACUCAUCAGUUAACUGACCAUGAAAUCAAAGAAGAAGUGGAUACUAUUAUGUUUGAGGGUCACGAUACUACAGCCGCUGGUUCCAGUUUCGUCCUAUGUCUACUGGGUAUCUACAAAGAUGUUCAAGCAAAGGUUUACAACGAAUUGUACGAUAUUUUCGGUGAUUCUGACAGACCAGCCACUUUUGCCGACACUUUGGAAAUGAAAUACCUCGAAAGAGUCAUCCUGGAAACUUUGAGGUUGUACCCACCAGUACCAGUCAUCGCAAGGAAACUGAACAGCGAUGUUAACAUUGUCACCAACAACUACCUCAUCCCUGCUGGCACUACGGUUGUUAUCGGAACGUACAAGGUCCAUCGCAGCCCCAAACAUUACAAGGACCCUGACACCUUCAACCCUGACAACUUCCUACCUGAGAACAUGGCCAACAGGCACUACUACAGCUACAUACCAUUCAGCGCCGGACCCAGGAGUUGUGUCGGUCGCAAAUACGCCUUGCUGAAGCUAAAGAUUUUGCUGUCCACAAUUUUGAGAAACUACGAAUGCACAUCCAGUGUACCUGAGAAAGACUUUAAACUCCUUGGAGACAUUAUUUUGAAAAGAUCAGACGGAUUUAGACUCCAGAUCGAACCCAGGAUAAGGAAACCAACAAAUGUUGCAUAG